AUGGAGAGAAAAACCUUGAUUUGCUUCUUUUUGUUGCUACCACUGGCCUUAGUUUCUGCAGACAUACGUGUCCUUAACUCAAUAAAAAACCUCAGGAACAUCGAGUUUGGCCACAGAUUCCCUCGUCAUGGCCUAAUGCUGCUACACUUUGUUUCUGGCGACCUAUACAUCGAUAACAACGAUGCACUCAUACCAACGUUUGUGCCAGAAACGGGAGACUGGGGCUUCCAUCACUUUAAUAACUAUGAACAAGUUUUUCCACCACUGCAAGAUCAGAACAGACAGGGUUACUACGCAGUCGGGAAUAUCAACACCUUGGAGCAUACCCACUCCAUCCUUAUGUCACUCGCAGCUAUUACCUUGCCCCAGGAAACUUAGAGAGGAACAGGGACAGGGUAGUUGUCAGAACAAGCCCCAACAGUCCACUGUUAGAGGCAGUCUACAUAACACAGCACUAUCUAAGAGGCAGUGGGUAUGAUCCCGAUAACACCUACCAGAUCAGCCCGCCCUCCUGAGGGAGAUCAGGACCCUCUCGCAAAACUGGGUGGACAGUGUGAACGUGUUUCUGUCCACUGCCGGCUAUAACGUAAAAUCCAGAUCCUUCACACAGACCUGCUUCACCACUGAUAGCACAAACAAGGAUGAAGACGCAGGCAGAAUUACUCUAAAUGAGUCAACUGCUAUAAUGAAAUGGGCAGUGGUGAAUGACCACCACACAGAGCGCUAUGCUGUUGAGCUCCAGGUGAAAUCCACAUAA